UGGCGACUUUGCGCUUUGUAUUUUUGUCUCUGCGUUAUAUUUUCUGUUUACAUUUAAAAAAAGAUUGUUGCAGAGCAAUGACUGAUGUUAAGGAAACGUCCUGUAGGCUUUGCCUUAAAAAUAUAACCGAUGAAAGUUUUGAAGUGAUAAACGACAUUAUCAAAGACAUUCUAGAUGUUCUUUUGCUGAAAUUGAAAUUUGAUAGCGAGAGCAAAGAGGUUAUAUGUAACGUUUGCAGAAGAAAGUUAAAUGCGGCGUUAGAAUUUAAGUCGACGUGUUUGAAUACCGAUAACACAAUUAUUCCUUAUGUGGAUAGCGAAAAAAUGUUACAGCUCGACUUACGAGAAGUGUACAUACGUGAAGAGGAACUUGAAGCUAUUCAGAAAUUGACACCUGAAAUGAAUAUAAAUAUCAUCAAAGGUCCCGUUGUAUGUAAGCCAUGCUGGGAUUCUUUGUGUACUCACAACAGUUUCCUAAAAGAUUGCUUCGCGGUAGAGGAAAACAUUAAAAGUAUUUUUGACAGUUCAGUCACAGGAAGUCAAAUAAAUACGUGUCCACUUGAUUUAUUCGUUAAGACUGAAAACCUGGACAAGGAAUUCGAUAUUAACGAGAUGGAAAUGUCAAUCAAAGCCGAAAGUAUCGACAUAAAAUCGGAAGAUGAGGAAGGAAGCGACACGCCGCUUCAGACCUCCGAUAUUGUACCAUUCAAGGAGAGUGACUGUAAAAAUGAAGAAGAGGAUGGAUGUAAACAUGAGAAUAGAUCAGCAGUGAAAACAACGCAGGAGCACAAAGUAUUGUACAAAUGUGAUAAAUGUAUCUACGAAACUGAAAGUGAGAUCCAUUUUACGGCACACUGCGCGAGACAUGAGAAGAAUUUGAGAGCAUAUGGAUGUGAAUCGUGUGAGUACGAAACUGAAAAUAAGAAAUUACUUCAGAAGCACCUAUUGAGGCAUAAAGACCCUUCACAGGUUCAAAUGUACAGGUGUAACGACUGCGAUUUCGAAAGUUCAAAUGUACCAGUGUAG